UCCUUAUCCCGUCAGUUUCUUGACUUUCCUCCCCACUCUUGCGCAGCUUUUAUCACGGUUUUUUCUGUUUUUGUGCUCGGUGUCAGCAUGUCUGAGUACAACGCGGUACCUCCACCCGGCUCCGGGGCCCCUGUCGGCGGACAGGCAGCUCUCGGUAACGGGGCAGGAGGCGUCAAGAAAGACGCGUUUGCGGACGCAGUGCAGCGGGCCCGGCAGAUUGCAGCCAAGAUUGGGGGCGAUGCCGGUCCUCCCAUGAACAACAACAACGCUUCAGAUGGCUUUCAGUUCACUGCACAGAAACGACAGCUGGAGGAUGCAGAUGAACCAGAGAGCAAGAAGCUGGCUACACAGAGUGACUUGGAUUCAGCCGCAGCAUUGUCUAUUGGCGCACAGCUAGCUGCUCUUGCACAUCAAAGGCCCACCACUUCCACAGAAGAGUACAGUGUUCCAGACAGCAUGGUGGGACUCAUUAUUGGCCGUGGAGGUGAACAGAUCAAUAAGAUUCAGCAGGAGUCAGGUUGCAAGGUGCAGAUAGCUCCAGACAGCGGAGGUCUUCCAGAUAGGAGCGUCUCUCUUACAGGUUCACCUGAUUCCAUAGAGAAAGCCAAGAUGCUUUUGGAUGAAAUAGUUUCACGAGGGAGGGGUACACCCCCGUCUUCUUAUCAUGAGUCCACCAACGGGCAGAAUGGCGCAGUUCAUGAGAUGAUGAUCCCAGCUGGCAAGGCUGGACUUGUCAUUGGCAAGGGAGGAGAGACCAUCAAACAGCUACAGGAGCAUGCAGGGGUGAAGAUGAUCCUGAUCCAGGAUGCCUCUCAGGGACCCAAUGUUGACAAGCCCCUGCGCAUUAUUGGAGAUCCAUACAAAGUCCAGAAAGCCCAAGAAAUGGUGCAGGAGAUUUUGAGGGAGAGAGACCAAGGGGGUUUUAGUGAAAGAAAUGACUACGGCUCUCGAAUGGGAGGAGGCAUGGAUAUCGCGGUACCACGACACUCGGUUGGUGUGGUCAUCGGGCGCAACGGAGAGAUGAUCAAGAAAAUCCAGAAUGAUGCCGGAGUUCGGAUACAGUUCAAACAAGAUGACGGGACUGGUCCAGAUAAGAUUGCCCACAUCAGCGGCCCCCCUGACCGCUGCGAACAUGCAGCCCAGAUCAUAAACGACCUGCUGCAGAGCAUUAGGGUCAGGGAGGAGGGACAGGGGGGCCCCCCAGGUCCUCCAGGCAUACCUGCGGGCAACAGGGGUCGAGGUGGGGGACAAGGUGGUUGGGGGCCCCCUGGAGGGGAAAUGACAUUCUCUAUCCCUGCCCACAAGUGUGGGCUCGUGAUUGGUCGAGGAGGUGAGAACGUCAAGUCCAUCAACCAACAGACGGGAGCCUUUGUGGAAAUCUCACGGCAGCCCCCCCCCAACGGAGACCCCAACUUCAAGCUGUUUAUCAUUCGGGGCUCACCGCAGCAGAUCGACCUCGCCAAGCAGCUGAUUGAAGAGAAGAUUGAGGGUCCUCUGUGUCCUGUGGGCCCAGGACCUGGUGGGCCAGGUCCUGCUGGUCCAAUGGGUCCCUACAACCCGAACCCAUACAACCCUGGGCCGCCCGGGGCCCCUGGGCCACCACAUGGUGGUCCUCCAGGUCCUCACCAGUACACUCCUCAGGGUUGGAGCAACACUUACCAGCAGUGGCAGCCACAGGCACCCCACGACCCCAGCAAGGCAGCAGCCAAUGACCCCAACGCAGCGUGGGCGGCCUACUACGCUCAGUACUACCAGCAGCCGUCGGGGGCUGUGCCAGCCCAGUACCCCGCAAACCCAGGUGGAGGUGCCCAAACUUCAGGCGACCAGACCCAGCCCGCACAGACGCCGGGGGGACAGCCAGACUACACCAAGGCCUGGGAGGAGUACUACAAGAAGAUGGCUCAGGCAGGCGGAUCCGCUCCGGGGACAGCAGCUGCAGCUCCAGGAGCAGCAGGGGGAGCAGCAUCCACAUCAGGAGGCCAGCCGGACUACAGCGCAGCCUGGGCAGAGUACUACAGGCACCAGGCUGCGUACUACGGACAGACAGGACAGGCCUCUGGUCAGCCAGCCACUCCCCAGCAAGGACAGGCACAGUGAGAGUUCAUGGCAGAAGUUCAAUGCCUGACAGAACCGGGAUGAAGAAGAGGAACCUGAACUUAAGGCCAGGAUCUAGCCUAUUAAGUUUUAUUUUUUAAUUUUUUAUUUGUUGUGAGGGGAAGUGAAACCCUUCCCCGCCACCAAACGUGACCUGGACACUUUUUAAGAAAAAUGUUAACUGAACAAACGUUCUAGCGAUUCGCUGCUGAGGGGAGGGAGAAGACUGAUCAUCUCGUCGUGACAGGUGCACAAUUUUUUGCAAAGCUUCUCAAUGCCUCUACGUAUAUAUGCCGUUAUGAACACGGAAGCCUGCAAAUGCUUACUUCAUUGCAGAGGAGACCGAGUUGCCAGUACAUCUAUUUCUUCUGCCUUUUAUUACCUUCGUAAGAUUUCUAAGUCCCUUUUUUUUUUUUUUUAAAGCACUUGCCCUCAUAUUGCAGUGUUAGACUGAAUUGCGCAGAGCUGUUAGAACUAUAAUCAUAUGUAUCUGGCACAGGCAAUUAAUCGGAGAAAUCAUUUUAAAAUCUCAUUUGAUUUGCUCAGUCUUUUGAUUUCUUUUAUAAAAAAGUGAAAAUUACCUCUGCCGAGGCUUGCAUGGUGUUUAGCUGUUUCAACUUAGGUACAUUUGGAUGUUUUUUUUUGUUUUUAAAUGCAUUGUAUGAGUGAGCCAGUUUUAUAGUGUACAAAUGGAAUUAUAUAAUGUUGAUUUAUGCAUGUGGGAUAAUUGUUGAAAUCUAGUAGAUUUUUCAAACCACUUAAAAGUAAGGCAUUUAAUAAAGAGCAGGGCCGCCUUUCAUCAUCAGUCGGCCUUCUGCUGGCGAUAUGAAAGCCGUUACGAUGACACGUGGCAGGGAUUAAGAUGCAAAGCCAUGAGCUGUUUUUAAGGAUGGAUUCAAAGGUUUAUAUUAAGACAUUUCUGCAGGGGAAGCCAUGGAAGGAUUUAAACUUCAUCGUAGUGUCCUUGAAAGUUGAAGGAAAAGUCUUUUUUUUUUUGUUUAGUAGCCACAGCCUCCAGGAUGUAUGCACCUUAUACCAGGUCAGGCAUCCUUGUUUUGACUCUGCCAUAAAUACUCUUGUGUGAGGAUCACUACAUAAAGUUUGUUGAGACUGCCUUUAAUCUCUGUUAAUUUCUGAAGUUGCAAUGUCCACUUUGCUAAUGUCGUACAUUUGGUUUAUGCUGCCAUGAUUUCAGACUUUUCUCCUUCUCUCAAUUUAUUUAUUUUUUUGCACACAUCUAUCGAUACUCCAGGCUCCUCUUUUGCCUCUGUUAAAUGUCCAUUCUGGAGACCAAAAAUGAUUUUCAGAUUGGGCUGGCUGGGUGUGAACCUCGUCUCAGUUAUCUGAAAUUGCUUUGAAAAUACAAGCAAUGACUCACACACUGCUAGUGGCUAUUCACUGUAACGAGGCAACUGCAUAUCUGUGUUUGUAAUGGUCAUGUAGGGACUUGAAGGUGGAGUCUUUUCUCAUGUGGAGGUUUUGGUUCCCCUGCAGUUCAUACAGGUGCAGGUUCAUCCACAAUGGGAACAGGCUUCCUUCCUGCCUGUUCCUGCCAUGAAAAGCUAUGUUCACAACUGUAACACUACAGUCGUUCUAUGUUGCAGCUGAACCAUGCUGUGAUUCUCAGAUUUGCAUGUUACAGCUUUUUUACUUUAUACAUCUUGGUUACAGAUGCCAGCAGCCUGUUCAUGGUCAUUGUGUGCAAAAGAAUGAAAUUUAGUCUUCCAACGUGUCCCUCUUUAUUAUUAUAUGUACAUACAUUCAGCAAUAUGAAACUGUUGGUUUUGACUUACAGAGACGUUUCAAGUAUGAUUCUUGUAUUAUGAAUGGCAGCUGUGAGCCUGCCUCUGGCAGCAGUGUUGAUAUUGUUAAUAAAUGACCACCAGCAGCAAUACUGUGAAUUAAAAAGGGGCAAGUGU